UUGCCUGGCUCGCAGAGGCCGUGUCAGAAUUGGUACGACGGGUUCCCAAGGGUGUCUCACGGCCUGUCCAUUCGCCCCUGCGCGGUGGCUCUGGCCGCUCGUUGUCCAGCACAGAGAGCAGCUUGGGGAUGCAGAGGGCAACUUUCUGCGAGCCCAGUCUCCCGGUUGGCCGCGCACUACCCGGGUAAGACACGGCACAGCCGGACCCUGCCUCGUCCGCCCCGCCCGACCUUGGCCUUUCCCAGAAGCGGGCAGGCUCCGGGGCGCGGCCAGAGUUCCCGUUCCGGGCCCGGGAGGCGGCCGCUCGGGCCCUGUCCCAGGCGCAGUGGCGGGAGCAAAGCCCUCCUCGGCCACGGUGCUCCCUGCCCUGACUCUCGCUCUCGCUUCUAGCUGCUGCGAAGUCUGCAAGCCUGGCGCCCAAGUAAGUCCUAGAGACUGAGUGGGUGGGGGGACCGCGCCGGGCAGACACGGUCGGGUCCCGGGCGCCGCAAGCCGGCGCGGAGGGGCAGGGAGGCGGGAGCUGCGCGCAGGCUGAACGCAGCUCUGCUCUGGAAGAGUGGAACGAGGAGAGCCCUGGCAGUCUGAGGAAUGCGGCCGAAGUUCCGAGGGAUGAGCUGCAGCGUCAGCGGGAUCGUUUUUCCCACUGUGGUCUAAAGCAAGGAUACUCAAUCCUCCAGCACCCGAGAACCAACUGGGAGCUUUUAAAAUCCAGAUGCACACGCUGCAACCCAGAUCAAUUCCGUCGAAAUCUCAGAGUUUCUCCUGGAUCUUUGGAGCUUCAAUUCUGCAACACAUUAAUUCAAUAAAUAUUAUCAGAAGACCUCGCUGGUGCCAGGAGCCUGAGUACUUGGAUUACAGCAAUGAAUGAAACAGAUGCAGCCUGUGGCUCAGUCGGGUCCUCUGGAACAGAGAGAGGAGAGAAGGAAGCCUGGAGUGGAAGUGAUACUGAGCGUGUGUGUCUGUGGGCCUCCCCAAGAUGAAGGGACAGGAAAAGAAAUCAGUCCCUGCCCCAUGAGUGCAGCUGCUCUCCAGAAGAUUCCAGAAAGAAAUUGGGAAUGGAAGAUUUGAAAAGAAAAUGUUGUUUUAAAAUAUUCUGAUUCACUUCAAAGAGUGAUGCCAAAAACUUAAAAAGGGGCUGCACCGAGAAGUGGGGCCCUGGAGGGAUGGCCCUGAAUCCUGCUUACCCUCGUGUGGGGAGGACACAUGCAGCGGAAAAUGAAUUUGGGAAAAGUAGCCACUUGCCACUUGGAAAGGCAGAGUCACAGUGAGAUGGAAACAAUCCCAUCAGAUUCUCCGUCCUACAUUAAAUUGCUGAAAACCAACCGGGAACUUCUGGUCACACACGUCCAUAACACUCAGUGUCUGGUGGACAACUUGCUGAAGAAUGACUACUUCUCAGCUGAAGAUGCAGAGAUCGUGUGUGCCUGCCCUACCCAGCCCAACAAGGUCCGCAAAAUUCUGGACCUGGUACAGAGCAAGGGCGAGGAAGUGUCCGAAUUUUUCCUCCAUGUGCUCCAGCAACUCACAGAUGCUUAUGUGGACCUCAGGCCUUGGCUAUCGGAGAUCAGCUUCUCCCCUUCCCAGCUUAUUCAGAGCAAAAUUGUGCUCAACACCGACCCAGUGAGCAGGUACACCCAGCAGCUGCGACACCAUCUGGGUCGGGACUCUAAGUUCACGUUGUGCUAUGGCCAGAAGGAGGAGCUGCUGCUGGAGGAGACGUACAUGGACACUGUCAUGGAGCUGGUCGAUUUCAACAACGAGAGUCUCGGCAGCCUAAGCAGCCUGCCCGGCCUCCUGGACCACGCCACCGGCGUCCUCAACGCGCAGGGCGAGACGGUGUUCGUGUGUGGCGAUGCUGGGGUGGGCAAGUCCAUGGUGCUGCAGCGGCUGCAGAGCCUCUGGGCCACCGGCCAGCUGGACGCUGGGGUCAAAUUCUUCUUCCACUUCCGCUGCCGCAUGUUCAGCUGCUUCAAGGAAAGUGACACGCUGUGUCUGCAGGACCUGCUGUUCAAGCACUACUACUACCCAGAGCGGGACCCCGACGAGGUGUUCGCCUUCCUGCUGCGCUUUCCUCACGUGGCCCUCUUCACCUUCGACGGCCUGGACGAGCUGCACUCGGACUUGGACCUGAGCCGCAUGCCCGACAGCUCCUGCCCCUGGGAGCCCGCCCACCCGCUCGUCCUGCUGGCCAACCUGCUCAGCGGGAAGCUGCUCCAGGGGGCCAGCAAGGUGCUCACAGCCCGCACGGGUGUCGAGGUCCCGCGCCAGCUCCUGCGGAAGAAGGUGCUCCUCCGGGGCUUCUCCCCCAGCCACCUGCGCGCCUACGCCAGGCAGAUGUUCCCGGAGCGGGCCAUGCAGGACCUCCUGAUGACCCAACUGGAGGCCAACCCCAACCUCUGCAGCCUGUGUGCCGUGCCCCUCUUCUGCUGGAUCAUCUUCCAGUGCUUCCGGCACUUCCACACCGCCUUCGAAGGCUCGCCGCGGCUGCCCGACUGCACGGUGACCCUGACCGACAUCUUCCUGCUGGUCACCGAGGUCCACCUGAAUAGGACGCAGCCCAGCAGCCUGGUGCAGCGGAACACGCGCAGCCAGGUGGAGACGUUCCGCGCCGGCCGGGACACCCUGCGCUCUCUGGGCCAGGUGGCCCACUGGGGCAUGGAGAAGAGCCUGUUUGUCUUCAGCCAGGAGGAGGUGCAGACUUCCCAGCUGCGAGAGGGAGACUUGCAGCUCGGCUUCCUGCGGGCCUUGCCUUUGCUGGGGCCCGGGGGGAACCAGCAAUCUUUUGAGUUUUUCCACCUCACCCUCCAGGCCUUCUUCACGGCCUUCUUUCUGGUGGUGGAUGACAAAGUGGGAACUCGGCAGCUGCUUCACUUCUUCCAGGAGUGGGCACCGCCUGGAGAAGCGGCGGUCACGUCCUGCUUCCCCCCACUCCUCCCUUUCCAGUGCCUGGGGCCUGGCGGCCUGGCGGGGGAAGACCCUUUUAAGAAUAAAGAUCACUUUCAGUUCACCAACCUCUUCUUGUGCGGGCUGUUGUCCAAAGCCAAGCAGAAGCUCCUGCGGCACCUGGUGCCUAUGGCAGCCCUGCGGAGAAAGCGCAAGGCCCUGUGGGCACACCUAUUCUCCAGGCUGCGGUCCUACCUGAAGAACCUGCCCAGAGUCCAGACUGAGUACUUCAACCAGGUGCAGGCCAUGCCCACCUUCAUCUGGAUGCUGCGCUGCAUCUAUGAGACACAGAGCCAGAAGGUGGGGCAGCUGGCGGCCAGGGGCAUCUGCGCUAACUACCUCAAGCUGACCUACUGCCAUGCCUGCUCAGCCGACUGCAGUGCCCUGUCCUUUGUCCUGCACCAUAUCCGUAGUCAGCUUGCCCUUGACCUGGACAACAACAACCUCAAUGACUAUGGUGUGCAGCAACUGCAGCCCUGCUUCAGCCGCCUCACGGUCAUCAGACUCAGCGUAAAUCAGAUCACUGACAGUGGGGUGAAGGUGCUGUACGAGGAGCUGACCAAAUACAGAAUUGUGACAUAUUUGGGUUUAUACAACAACCAGAUCACUGACGUCGGAGCCAGGUACAUCUCCAAAAUCCUGGAUGAAUGUAAAGGCCUCAUGCACCUGAAACUGGGAAAAAACCAAAUAACGAGUGAAGGAGGGAAGUGUCUCGCCCUGGCUGUGAAGAACAGCAAAUCAAUCUUUGAUAUAGGGAUGUGGGGCAAUCAAAUCGGGGACGAAGGAGCAAAAGCCUUCGCAGAGGCCCUGAGGAACCACCCCAGCUUGACUAACCUGAGUCUUGCAUUCAAUGGCAUCUCCACAGAAGGAGGAAAGAGCCUCGCAAGGGCCCUGCAGCAGAACACGUGUCUGAGAAUAUUCUGGCUGACCAAAAAUGAACUCAACGAUGAAGUGGCAGAGAGUAUGGCAGAAAUGUUGAAAGUCAACCAGACGUUAAAGCAUUUAUGGCUUAUCCAGAAUCAGAUCACGGCCCGGGGGCUUGCCCGGCUGGCAGAUGCAUUGCAGAAUAACACUGGCAUCAUGGAGAUUUGCUUACAUGGAAACCCAAUAAAGCCAGAGGAGGCCAAAGUCUUUGAAGAUGAGAAUCGGCUGGUUUGUUUCUGAGAGGACGCUUCCCUGUACGUGGGGUCUUCACCCUGGGAGGUCGUCGGCAGCGAGUCUGUGCAGUUUCCUCCUGUCAGAUGCCUUCUGGGGGUCUGCCGAGGGGGCUGCCAACAUCCUGUCCACAUGCCCCAACUGCCAUCUCCUUAAAUAGCUGUCUCAUUUUGCAGAAAAGGAGGGGGAGCUAUUGUGGUUUCUGUAAAUAUGCUUGUGAAGAGACUUUAUUGCAUACCCAGAAUUAUUUUUAUCUGAAGUGAGAGGAAAAGGCUUUGGGAAGGACAGAGGUGGCCAGCCUCAGCUCAGGUAGACACCUACCCUAAGGACUGCAGCAGCUCUGAUUUCGUUGAAGAGUGGAAGGCCUGGUGGAAGCUCGUGCCAAGCUUUUUGGAAAAAAAGGUGCUUGACAGAUAGGUGUUACACAUGAGCUGUCCCCUUCCUCCCCAGUGCCCACCCAUCUAUCCCACUUCACAGCUAGAGAUGCUGAGGACGGACAGUGGGGGAGCUGGUAUCAAGAAAAGGACUCGUCACAGGCUUUUCAUCUUAGUCUUGGAGUCUGUCUGCUGACAGGGAUCAGAGGAUGCCCUCUUACUAGCCUAAUAGAAAGGGCAAUCCCUUCACAAUGUCAAGCCUCCAUUCGAGACUCUACAUAGCUAGGCUGACCUCUACUGGAAGAGUGGACACUAUGGGGGCCCUGCCUCAGGAGGAAGAGUCAAUACCUGCUGUCCAAAAUGAAUAAGUCUGGCUUGCCUUUAUGGCCCCAGUAUGUGAAUGGAAGCUUUUUUUAUCUCUUUAAAAACAAUUUUUUUAAAGUUAUAUCCCUUGCGUCUUGAGAACGGGAAGUCUCUUCCUGCCCCCGUGAGCAGUUGGAGAAUGAAUGAACCACAGCCAAGACUCAGGGACUUGGCUGGGAACUUGGUAGAAAGCAUGUUGGUCAGAUACCCCUCACCACGGUUGGGUGAAUGAUGGAUGCUUGGUGGGUGAUGGGGGUGGGCGACAUCACUAGGUAACCUGUCCUUGUGCCAACUCAUUUGUUAAUAUCGAAAAGGCUAUUUCUCAUGGGCUGAUUCUGGAAUCUUCUGAAGGGACUCAGCCAGGAUGAGCAUGCCUGUGUUCCUGCGGCCCAUCCUGACUUCCGCACUGCGGGGCUCCAGGGCAGUGUGCUGAGGAGAAGUCUGACUAUGGGGGCCCAGAGGUUAUCAACAGUGUGAUCAACAGUGUGAUCGUUUGAAGGCCUCUUUAACAUCGGACAAGAAAAGGCUGAAGCAGCAUCUGGGGCUCUCCAUAUGGCCUCUGAAUCUAUACAGAUGGAGUCAGGGGCCAGGACAGGUCAAGUGGGCCACAUUUUGGGCCCUCACCCCUGCACUGUGGUAGGUCUUGCAGGCUGGUUUACUCUCACUGUUGGGUAGAGGACCCAGGUGGCCAAGUAGCACUAAAAUCCUGGGCAGCACACAACAGGGGAAGGCAUGCAGACCUCUGAAUUCUCAGAGUCUGUAGGACACCUUGGCUGAUUUUGGGAUAGGAACUACAGCUCCCAUAUUUUCAUACAUAUCAUGCCUAUGCUAACUUGGAAUUUAUUAAAAAAAGCCAUGUAAAGUCACCAUGUGGCCACAUAGCAUCAACCCAGUAGAGCUCCUGUUCUGCCAUUUCCUAGCUGCAUGGAUUUGGGCCAGUCUGAGACUGCCAGAAUCUGUAUUUCCUCCUUGAAAAGUAGGAAUCUGAGAGCCCUGACUCACGAUGUUUUUGGAGGAUUAAACAAGAAGUUAUGGAAUGUAGUUGGCACAAGG